UACCGCUUUUGGCUUUCUUGACUCAACCGACGCCAUUAUUGUGAAACAAAAUUUUUAUUCGUUAAUUCACGUGCUAAAAGCUAGUCCUGAAUUCUGUUGAUUUUGAUUUACAUCAUAAAAACAACAAACAUGGCAGACAAUGACGAUCUUCUCGACUACGAAGACGAAGAGCAGGCAGAUCAGCAGACCGCUGACGGAGCAACCGAAGCGGCGCCAAAAAAAGAGGUUAAGGGAUCCUAUGUAUCUAUUCACAGUUCCGGCUUCAGAGAUUUUCUGCUCAAACCCGAGAUUUUACGAGCUAUAGUCGAUUGUGGUUUCGAGCAUCCGUCUGAAGUACAACACGAAUGUAUACCACAAGCGGUACUGGGUAUGGAUAUCUUGUGCCAAGCUAAGUCGGGUAUGGGAAAAACAGCUGUGUUUGUAUUAGCGACGUUGCAACAGCUCGAGCCUUCUGAGAACCACGUCUACGUUCUAGUCAUGUGUCAUACCAGAGAGUUGGCCUUCCAAAUCAGCAAGGAGUACGAGCGGUUCUCGAAGUACAUGGCCGGAGUUAAAGUGUCAGUAUUCUUUGGAGGUAUGCCGAUUCAAAAGGAUGAAGAGGUUCUCAAGACUUCGUGUCCACACAUCGUCGUCGGUACCCCGGGACGUAUUCUAGCUCUAGUUAAUAGCAAGAAGCUGAAUCUGAAGCACUUGAAACAUUUCAUUCUUGAUGAAUGUGAUAAAAUGUUAGAAUCUCUGGACAUGAGACGAGAUGUACAGGAAAUAUUUAGAAAUACACCCCAUGGAAAGCAAGUAAUGAUGUUCUCGGCCACACUGAGCAAGGAAAUUCGACCGGUAUGCAAGAAGUUCAUGCAGGACCCUAUGGAAGUGUAUGUAGACGAUGAAGCCAAGCUGACAUUGCACGGAUUGCAACAACAUUAUCUUAAGUUGAAGGAAAAUGAGAAGAAUAAGAAACUGUUUGAAUUACUAGAUAUACUAGAGUUUAAUCAAGUUGUAAUAUUUGUGAAGUCAGUACAAAGAUGCAUUGCAUUAGCUCAAUUGCUCACAGACCAGAACUUCCCGGCCAUUGGAAUUCACCGCAACAUGUCUCAAGAUGAACGUCUGUCCCGCUACCAGCAGUUCAAAGAUUUCCAGAAGAGAAUAUUAGUUGCCACAAACUUGUUUGGAAGAGGAAUGGAUAUUGAACGAGUCAACAUUGUCUUCAAUUAUGAUAUGCCAGAAGAUUCCGACACCUACCUGCACAGAGUGGCCCGUGCAGGUCGUUUUGGUACCAAAGGGUUAGCCAUCACCAUGGUAUCUGAUGAAGGUGAUGCCAAGAUCCUCAACGAAGUCCAAGAUCGUUUCGACGUCAACAUAACUGAGUUACCGGAGGUUGUAGAGUUGUCUACUUACAUUGAAGGGCGAUAGAUAUCCAUUCCGUUUGACCUGGUUACUUACUAAGCUGUUCAAUUAAUUUUGUUACUAAGUAAUUGUAAGAUUAGUUUAUAAAAACAUUAAAUUGUGUAAUUUAAUGUAUAACCGUAUGAAAGGCACAGUCCGAUUGAAAGUAAAUUAGAAUUAAGUAAUGAUUAAAGUGACAUUUGGUAUUGUA